AGAAGAAGAAGAAGAAGCAGAAGAAGAGGAGUUCGAAGAAGAAGAAGAAGCAGCAGCAGCAGCAGCAGCUCAACUAUUUCAUAGUUAAGCUGCUGUUCACACAGUAACACCACUUCUUUGAUAGAAAAACAGAGAUGCCUUGCACGGAAGGGAGAUGCAGCCAAUGAUGCGCUCCGCUGUCUUCACCAACCUCUGCAGGGCCUUGCGAUCAGCAGCGGAGCAGCUACCAUGCCAGGCAGUAGUGCAGCCUGAGAGGAUGCUCUCAAUGGUUCACCUAUAAAGGUAACGUCAUCUGUGAAGAACGCACCGAGGAACUUGAACUCGGAGACUCUCUCCACUACAGCUCCAUCGAUGUGUAUCGGACCGUGACUCCCCCCCUCUGCAGCUUCCUGAAGUCCACGAUCAUCGCCUUGGUCUUGCAGACGUUAAGAGACAGGUUGUUCUCUUGGCACCAUGUUGCCAAGCCUCUGACCUCAUCUCUCAUCUUUAUAGGCGGUCUCAUCGUUGUUAGAGAUGAGACCCAGGAUGGUGGUGUCAUCUGCAAAUUUGAGGAUGAUGUUAGAACUGUGUGUUGCCACACUGUCCUGCAUGUACAGGGAGUACAGGAGGGGGCUGAGUACUCAGCCCUGAGGGGCCCCGGUACUCAGGGUCAGUGAGGAGGAGGUGUGUUUGCCCAUUCUCACCACCUGGGGUCUGCUCGUCAGGAAGUCCAAGAUCCAGUUGCACAGGGGGUUUUAAGACCCAGACUCCUGAGUUUGGGGACGAGCUUGUCAGGCACAAUUGUGUUGAAUGCGGAGCUGUAGUCCACGAACAGCCUCCUCACAUCCAGGUGGGAGAGGUUGGUGUGUGUUGUCAGGGCGAUAGCAUUGUCCGUGGAUACAUCAACACCGGCAUCGACCCUUAUUACUAAAAGCUUUCUUGACAUCUUCCUCAAUGUCUUGUUCGUGUAUCCUGAGAUGUUUAUAUUUAUUUAUAUUAUUUUUUUUAUUUUUUUUUACCUCUGUCGCAUGAUAGAAACUUGCAGAGAAUGUUCAGAGAUAUUCCAGAGUUUAGUGCAUGUUUGAAAGCAGCUUUAAUUUGAUCGCACACUGGCUCCAUGAUGUUGAGAUCAGGUUUCUGUCCAGGAUCAGACUGUACAGAAUGGCUCAUUGUCCUGCUGCACAAGAAAUCUUGGAUUAUCAGACGCUGCCUGGUGAUACUGAUGAUGGAGAACAAUCUAAAAAUCAAGAGCUAAAAUUUUGAUGUCUCAACUUUUAUAGUCUCAAGUGUUGUUUGUGAGAUGAUAUAAUAGCGGGAUAAGCUUGUGAAGCCAAUUACGGAAAGCCUCUCUAGACCAGACGUUCCCAAUUUAGUUCAGUCUUCGAAGGGGGUCGGUCUUGGGGGGCUGCAUAGAUGGUGUCCUCAGAAGGAUGCAGCCCCUAAAUUGAGACUAAUAUUUCGAUGUCAACCACCAUGCCUGGUUGACACCUAAAUCAUUGUAUUAGAACAUUGCUCCAAAAAAAUUAAGGGAAUAUUCCAUCAUCCUAUUAUAACACCAUGUCACUUAUACUUAAGGGAUAUCUAUCUGUGCAUUUAUGAAGCAUUCGUGAUUGAUUCAAUUUCACCUGCUUCUGUGUAGAUGAAAGUGACAAAAGGUGCAAUGGAGAGACAAAGCAAAACAACCCCCAAAAAGGGAACUUUUUUGCAUGUAGUGGCCACAGACAAUUGCGCUCUCCUUAUCUGACUGGCCAUUACCUUCCCCUUACCUACAUCCAAUUGAGCACCUAUGGAACGUUAUGUAUAGUGUAGCCGACACCACCAAGUAUCGCCACAGACUGUCCAGGAGCUUACCGAUGCCCUGAAACAGGUCUGGGAGAUCCCCCAGGACACCAUCUGCAACCUCAUCAGGAGAAUGCCUAGAUUUUGUUGGGAGUGAAUACAGACACGUUGAGGCCAUACACACUACUGAUUCACAUGAUGAGUUGCCGUGAUGAAAUUAAUGCAAGUUUGAUCAACCUCUGAUUUCAAUAGUUUAUUUUAUUUUUUUAAUCCAGCCCUUGAUGGGUUCUUUAUUUUGGUUUCCAUCGACCCUUGUUACUUAUUUUGUUCUCUACAAAUGAUUCAAUGUACAUCUGUAGAGACUUUAAGUGUUCCCUUUUUUUUCUUUGAGCAGUGUAUAUGCUCUCUGUAAUGGAUUUCUAAACUCAAGUCUAAGCUCAAGUGAAAAUAACCUUGAUGACAUUGCUAAGCCAUUAUGAGGGUUAUUUUCUCAGAGUAAUACCCCUUUAAUGGAACAGUAUAACUUACAACCUAAGUAAACGCCAAUGCCAACUCACAAACAGUAUUUAGCUGCUAAGAAACAUAUGGUAAAUAGAGUAAAGUGUCUGUUAGCUGUGGACACAUACGAAUUGCUAGCAGAGAAAUAAGAGCUAAAAGAGCUAUAACUGACUAUGUGGAGGAUCAUUUGGUAAUGGCUUGUUGCUCUCACCUUCCUACUGGUAAUCAAAUAGAAUAAACCGUUCUAAUAGAUAGUGUUGUAGUGCAGCGAUAUUCUGGUAGCCCGAAAUGAAAUUGGUUAAUUUUAGCCAAUGAGAUUGCUACAGUAAUGUUAGAGAUUGGAAGAGUGGUUAUGCCUGGACAGGCACACACAAAAGGAGAUACAAAAAAAGCAAGAGGCAAUUCCUCUUCCUAGCCUAAAUUGUUUGAUAUUACACUAAAUGCACCUAUAUAUUGCACUAUCAUGCAAGCACUUUGUAGUUUAGCUUUUUUUAAGGCAAUGCACUUACAUGAUUCUUGCUGUUCUGGAUUUGUACCGUCAUAUUUGAAUGCACUUAUUGUAAGUUGCUUUGGAUAAGAACGUAGUAGGACUGGAUCAUCACACUCCUGUGACCAAUCCUGCAUGAGACUUGAGGUUAGGCUUGCCUUUCUCAUUAGCAUACAGUCACAGAAAUACAGAAAUACAUAAAUGUGGAAAUAUAUUUAAGAUGUUUAUUUAUACAUUACUGUAUUUAUUUACUUAAUUAUGAAUGCAUUUAUUUAUUUAUACAUAAGUCAUGUAUCGUCCUCCAUACUGUUAUCCAGGAACAUAAAUAUAAAUUCAGCAAGUUUUUAUAAAGAUCAGCUCUAAGUUUGUGAUUAGAAAAAAUCAGAGGUGCAGAAUCUCCUGUUGACCAGCAGUGUAAUGCGGCUAAUGAAGAUGCACACCUCUUGUGUUCACACUGACAAAGAUCUAUCAUGUGUUUAAAAUAAAAUUCUUUGUUACAUUGAUAAUUGUUUGAUAUUAAAACAAUAGCCCUCUGAAUAGGUAUCUAUUGGUGACGUGCCUAGAGAUUCCCACGCCUAGUGUUAUGGAAAUGCAUAAUGCAGUCACUAACAGGUGCAAUUUAAAUGUUGUCUGCAUUUGAUGAAAGACAAAAGUGAAAGAUUGCCUUAAAUACUUCCUCAUGGCACCUCAGCUUCUUCAACUGUGAGGGGAAGUGUCCUCAACUAUAAUCUGUUAGAUAAAGAUGUUAGAAUGACAUGCUCAACCUGUGAUACCUUGUGUCCUUCUCCCACAAUCCCAUUAGCUUUCCAUCUUCUGUGAUACUCUGUCUAGAAUGAUUGCUUGAGGAAUAGAUCCUCCAGGCUGCAGGAGGAAGGAGGUGCAUGUGCGUGUGUGUGUGUAAAAGCCGGAGGCGUAAGGUAGUACCGAUGGGUCCGAGGAGGAAGGCCUCUAAACUCCAGCCUGUUGGGGGCAGCGGUGGAGAGGAACUGGUCCACUGUCCCUGUGAGCCCAAGGACUACAUCAACGAGCUGUCCCAUGAAGUCCUCUGUCACAUAUUUAGAUACCUACCCAUGAAGGACAUCAUGUGUAUGGAGAGUCUGUCCAGAAAGCUACGAGAAGCUGUGACGUUGUACCUGCGAGUAGUAAAAGUAGUGGAUCUAUGUGCUGGUCAUUGGUGGGAAUAUAUGCCUUCAGGCUUUACAGACAGCAGCUUUCUUCUUCUCUUGAAGAAGAUACCAGAUUUGGAGCAGCUAUAUGGCCUGCACCCUCGAUACCUGGAGAAGAGAAGAGUUCGAGGCUAUGAGGCUUUCAGUAUACCAGGAGUCCUGGAGGCACUACAAGCUUGUCCCAAUCUGCUGGGCGUGGAGACUUCCCACCUGGAACUCGUGGAAGCCAUAUGGAACUAUAUGCCCCAAGUUCACAUAUUGGGAAAGUUCCGCAACCGCAACGGGGCUUUUCCGAUUCCUGAUGAGAACAAACUGACCAUCCCCUUAACUGCAAAGAUUCAGACUCUACAUCUAGUGGGUGUUAAUGUCCCAGAGAUUCCUUGUGUUUCGAUGCUGCGCCACCUUUACCUGAAGUGGGUCCGUCUCACCAAACCACAGCCGUUCAAGGAUUUUCUGUGUGUGAGCCUCAGAACCUUUGUCAUGCGGAAUUGUGCAGGGCCAACCAACUCCCUAAAGUACGUUCCCUUGGUAACUGGUUUAGCAUCAGCCAGGAACCUGGAGCAGCUAGAGCUGGUGAGAGUUCCCUUUCUGGGAGGGCUGAUCCAGCAUGUCGUGGAGGAUAGCUGGAGAUCAGGAGGAUUUCGGAACCUCCACACCAUCGUGUUUGGAGCCUGUAAGAAUGCUCUGGAGGUGGACUUAGGCUACCUCAUUAUCACUGCUGCUCGCAGGCUUCAUGAGCUGCGUAUCCAGCCUUCACUGACUAAAGAUGGAGUUUUCUCAGCUCUAAAAAUGGCUGAACUAGAGUUUCCGCAGUUUGAGACACUUCAUCUUGGAUACGUGGAUGAGUUCCUGCUUCAGUGUAAAAUGAGUCAUUCGGAGCUUGUGAAGUACGGUCUGGCUGAUGUUAUUGAAAACCCAGGCAUCAUUACUGAUAUUGGCAUAAAGGUUGUGAACGAGGUGUUCACUAAUAUUAAAUACCUUCUCAUCUACAACUGUCCUCACCUGCAUAAUCCUCACCACUGGAUCACAGAUCAGUCCAGAUGGAGCCGUCUCGUUGAUCUCACCCUUGUUCGCUGUCAUGCAAUCAAAUUGGAAUCCUUCUCCCAGUUCAUAGAGUUACUACCCAGUCUGGAGUUUAUCUGUCUAGACCAGAUGUUCAGAGAACCACCGAAGGGAUGUGCCAGAGUGGGCCUGAGUGCAGGAACUGGUAUUGGCGUGUCCUCUGCAUUGGUGAGCAACCAGAACUCCAACAAUGACAAUGAGAACAACAACCACCACCACCACAAUAAUGAGGCCAACUUGCCCCCGGCCCCCCCACCUGUCAACAACAAUCAAAGGCAGCAGCAGAACCAGCUUCAGCAGCAUAAUGCUCCGGUUGAAGUAAAUGGUAUGGAAGAUGAGGAAGAAGAAGAGGAGGAGGAGAUGAUCUUGGAGGAAGACAACAUGGAGGCUGAACCACAGAUAGAGGUGAAAGUAGAAGAAGGGGGGAUGAUAGUGGACGAGGCUGACAUAGCUCCAGGGAACAGUUGUCCUGCUGGAACACGGCAACCUCUUGAUGAAGAGCAAGCAGGUCCCAGUGGUUUAGUCCAGCAUUGCAGAACGGCUGGUACUGUGGUUCCAAAGCCCCAGCUGGUCAUCUCAGACUCCGACAGUGAGGAAGAGGAAGGUCUUGUUUCAAGGCUGAUGCCAGCUUCCUGUUUGCAGCAACCAGCAUCCUUUACAGAAGGUAAAGGAAAGACUCCUCUGCGGCGAAGCAACAAUGUCGCUAUAUCAGUGUCAAUGGACAAGAAAAAGGUUCAGGUGUCAGACAGCAGCUGUGAGAAGAGCUGUCAGGUGACCAGUGAGCAGAUCAAGGCAGAUAUGAAAGCUGCAGCUGAUAACAGCAGGAGGACAAGCAGUAAGGGAAUCACUACAGAGUCCCGGGAGACCACUCCAAGAGCUGCCAGUUGGGGAGAACAGAGCUCUGGAAGUACUGGGGCAGCAGCAAGGACUGAGCUGAGGCAAGUGACUGAAUCUGUGGUCAGAAAUGGAGCUGGAGCAGCCACAUCCAGGCAGGUCGAUAGAUGUGGGAGGGUGGUUGUGGGGAUGAGCCAUAGAACAAUUACAACCACUGAAAACCCCUCUGGAGCACUGGAUGGGAGCACAAGGGAUUCUGGGAUCCGACUGAGCUCUAGUCCUGCCAGUUUAGAGCCAAGAGGUGCUGCUGUAGACCAUGCUUCUAGGAGACCAGCACUGGUUGGAAAGCGAGAAAGCCAACAUGUUCCUGAUACUGGUUCAGGUUCAAAACAUGCCAGAGACGAGAACUUUGUUCCUAGAAGACCUUUGACCCGUUCUUGCACACGUAUGUCCUCUGUACCCCUGGUACCUGAGACAGAUCUUUCAAGAGCCAGGCCUCGAAUUGCAGUGAGAAGGAAACGAAUGGCUGACAAAUCAACCAGCACCUCAGACCCAGUCACUGAGGAUGACCAUGUACAGAUUUUAUCUCUGAGGAGCAAGAACCUGGUGGGCAUCACUCUAACCAACUGUGGAAUCACAGAACUGGUCCUCAAGGACUGCCCCAAGAUGAUGUUCAUUCAUGCCACUAGAUGUCGAGUGUUGAAGCAGCUGAGAGUAGAAAGUGCCCCCAUAGUGAACAGGUUUGACUAUGCUCAAUGUAAGAAGUUGGACAUGGAACAGGUCCUGGAUCAAAUUUUGAGAAUGCCUCCUGAGCGGAACCGCAUCAUCUAUAUGCGCCCUAUGCAUCGGAUUGACACAGUGGCAUUGGAGCGUCAGCUUUUCCAGGGACCAUAUCCCUACCACAUUGCUGUAGUGCACGAAUUCAGCAACCCUCCAAACAUAAGGAACAAGGUUCGCAUUCGCAGCUGGAUGGACACGAUAGCCAACAUCAGCCAAGAGUUAAUUAAGUAUGAGUUCUUCCCAGAAGCCACCAGGACAGAAGAAGAUGUCAAGAAGUAUCCCAGAUACCCUUGGGGCAGGGACAUCUAUACACUGGAGGGAAUUGUGGAUGGGGCUCCCUACAGCAUGAUAACUGACUUCCCCUGGCUGAGAACACUCAGAGCAGCUGCUCCCAACAGCUAUGCCCGCUAUGACUUUGAAGAUGAUGAAAGCACCACCAUCUAUGCCCCACGGCGAAAAGGCCAGCUGUCAGCUGACAUCUGCAUGGAGACCAUCGGGGAAGAGAUCUCAGAGCGCCGACAGAGCAAACAAGGAGUAUUUCAGAGAGUAGUGGUCGUCUUCCUUCAUCACUGUGAUACACCAGGAGAACCUGUGGAUGAUGAUUACAUCUAGACAAUAGACCACUCCUAUAUAGGACUUAAGUGGGAUCCAUGCAAUGACAGUCCUGCUGCAGGCUAUGGCUUGAGCUCCGGACUGACGAAAGAUUUGGUUUUGUGAAGACACAAUGUGGGAUCUGAAGAACACUGCUGUGUCCUUACAAACUGUAUCGAACAUGAUUACUUAGCUUCAUGGAUGAGGAGUAACUACAUUUGUAAUGCACUGGGUGUUGCUGGUAUCAAUCGCUUUUCAGCCAUUUCAAAGAAAUUGAUCAUCUAACUGUAUUAUGUCAUUAUUUGAAUAAAAACUGUGGCUUUCAAAAUGAGCAAGUUCUCCAGUAUAGUAUUGCUCCAAAUAAAGGCUUGACUCUUUGUGCUGUUCAGGCAUAAGCCCAGCUGUCAGCUCUUAUUUGUUUAUCAUGCUACUACGGAGAAGACUCACAGAGACGGGCUGCCUAUCUUGUUUCCACUCAUGACUGAUCGCCAGACACAAAUGUCAAACAAACCAUACUUUUUAAUUAAGUUUUCCUCAGAUUCUUUUCCGUCAACUAAGAUGUUGGUGGCUCUGUUUUGUUUUUAGACCAGCAAGAAAAAGAAAAAAGGGAUAUUCAGUCAAAAUGGAGCUGAGAAAUUAGAACUGUUGUGGGUGAACUUUUGACUUUUAAAUUAGUUUUCUUGCACGUUUGACCCAUUGGAUAGAGAUUAGGGAACUAGAUCUUAUAGCCAAUUCCUGUCCAUUGGAAGUUAUGAAUCAGAUCUGCUCCAACAUGAAGCUCACAUUCUUAUUCGGCCAUGCAAACAUAACAUGUCUGACAUGUCUUUAGCACAUUGACAUGCUGAGUUUCCACUGACUCAGGCUAAAAGCAGUGGAUCAAUUCUUGACGUUGGAGUUGCUAUUUCAGCCUGCAAAUAUAAGAAUGAACACAUCUGAAUCUACCGUUAGCUUAUCUGUUCUAUAUUAUCAUCGACCCAGACCCUGUUAACAAUAUUAGUUCUGAAUUUUGAAAUUGGAUUCCAAUUUUCUUUUAUUUAAUUGUUACUAUUUUUCUUUUCUGAUGUCUGUCAAUCAUUGAAUUAAAUCAGACAGUUUGAUUUAAGCUAUGUACAUUAUUACAGAUUGUGAGGGUCCAUUUCCAGCACAGUAAACAGAACAUGAACUGAAGCAUCAACCUUUUGGAAUGUGUUUGAAGGAUUAGUAGCCCAAAUGGGUUAGAUUACUUUUCUUCUGGCAUCAGAUGAACAUCUUUGUUGAAAACAAACAGAAAGUGCAGUGUACAGGUUAAAGACUGUACUUCUUAGUGUAUUGACAAAUGUACAGAUGUCAUGGUUGAUGAUAUGCUUCCAUGGUGUUCAUAUGUUUAUAAAGGAAGAACAAGAUUAUUUCAGAUAAAUAAAAUAAAAUAACAGUAAAUAA